AUGAGAGAAAUUGAGCGUGCUAACCAACGACUUGUCAAAAUGGUCCGACAGCGAUCGUAUUACAAGGCAAAGCAGGCCACAAAAUGUGCCAUUGUUAGUGCGAUUUUGAUGGCGAACUCUUCGAAAACCAGUGCGGAUUCGAAACUGCGGUUCAGUCUUAAACCGCCAUCGACUCGCGAAGGAGUAGAGGAGUGGAAGAGAGCUAUGCGAUUAUGGUCAGCAUUGGGCGACUUGUACAUACUAUCAGCUGGGUUGGAUUGGGAUGACAUUCGAAGCAGCACUUUCAGCGAGAAAGUCCAACCAGACGACAGCAAAAUCCACUCACAAAUACUCAAGGUACGGUUUGUUCUGUUGGUUUGUGAAAAAAAAUCACCGAAAGAAUGA